AAACUAUAAGUAUAUAUACCACGCUGAACGUUCGCAGAAAAUCAUGGUGUUGGUAUAGUCUACAUAGAAGCUGGUAGAAGCGAUAGGAAGGGAGAAAUAUGGAAUAAAAAAGGCUAGUGUUGGGUGGAUGUGGGACCCCGCCACACUCCCUUGUUCAGAGCGGCACACACUCGAGUAACGCGGCUUGGGGGGACGCUCGGCGGCUUCCCUCACACUUUUCUCACCCAAAUUUAAGGGUUUAGUGCCGAAUAUGUACCUAAAAUGUCGCGUAGAACCUGGAUCAAAGUGUAGUGUGUGAUGUGAGUGUAAAAUAACGUCGGAAAAGUGAAAAUUUUAUGGUGAAUUGGAGGUGAUUGUUGUAACUGGCUGUGGUGAGAUCGGUUAGUCGCGCCUGGAGACUGUCGCGCACUUUUUGUAAUGGAACUAGAAAUUCCUUUAUCAGCCAUGGUAUACAUUACUUAUCAAGUCUAAAGUGUUAGUUAGGUGAAAUAUCAGGAAGAAGGCGUGUGUUGGUGGUGGUGAUAGUGCAGUAGGAGUGUUGGUGAAGGCGCAGUGUUGGCGAGAAGAGGGGUGUUGGUGCGGUGACGCUCGGUUACUCUCGCCGGGCAGAGGUCUUCUUGGUCGAUACCGGCGGCCGCUGUUCCCUCACAACACACCCACUUAUUUUAUCCACCACGCCGCCCGUACGCCCUCUCCUCCACGCCCACGACCACCACGCAGGUUCCCUCUAACAGCGACGCCCACCACCGCACGGAUCUGGAGUCGGGCAGAAACUACAGGCAGGAGGCGGUGGGGACGGGCCAUGAGGGUAGUGGACGGUUGCCAACCCCUCCUCAGCAGCAGCAGCAGCCCCGCUCGCCGCACCAGCAGCAACACCAGCAGCAGCUGCAGCUGGCGGGGAUGAGGGUGUCGCCCGCACCACCGCUGACUGCAGGCGCUAACCCACCACACCCUCCACACUCCCCGCACAUGUCUCCCGCUGUAGAUAUCCGGGGUCGUCUCCUCCAUCCUCAGCAACUCGCUUUUCUCCACCACCACCAAAAUCUCCGCCACCACCACCCCAGCACCACCGUCCCCUCCACCACCACCCCGGGGCCGGGGGGGUCGUCUGCCACACCACCACCCGAUGUUUCUGCUACCUCCUCCAUGAUCACCGCAGGUGGUCCGGGGAGCGUUGUGAUGCCCCCCCAUCCGGGCAGUGGACAGAGUGACAGUCGCAGCAGCAAUAUGCAUGCGCCUGGAUACCCCCCUGGUGCUCCACCACAUAUGUCAUCAGGGCCCCCUCCAGGUCCUCAUGGUUAUUCAACAAAGAUGGGCCACAUGCCUCCUGGAGGUCCUCCAGGGCCCUCCUAUGGCCAGACAGGGUAUCAGGCAGGGCAUCAAUAUCCCCCAGUCAGACCACAGGGCCCAAUGAUGCAACCAUACCCACAAAAUUUUCCUCCGGGAGCUCCGCAAGGUUCUCAGGGCCCUCCUUCCUCCAUGCCGCCUGGUCACCAGUACCCUCCACGGCCCCCGCACAACAACCAUGUUCCCCCCAGCCAACCAUACGGGUAUCCUCCAUUUGGGACACAAGGUUGGGGAGGACAAGGCAUAAAUCAGGGUCCUCCAGGACCAAGUAUGCCUAGCUCUAUGAUGCCUGGGACUCCUGGUAUGCCAGGGAAAGGUGGUCCUGUCCAGAUGCCUAGCCAGGUUGGUCAGCCAGGGGCCAGUAGUGUGGGUGGUCCCCGGCCUCACACACCCCCACACUACCUAAAGCAGCACAAUCUAAAGAUUGGUGCAUAUAUGGGACCCCAGAUGUACCCAAAUGGUCCUGGUAUGCCAGGGAUGCCAGGUAUGCCUAACAGUAGUCGUGAGAGUCCUCAGAACAACAUGCCACCACCCACAUCCACCCCACAGCCAUUAACCCCAUCUAGUACCCCAUUGGAUACUGGAGAUCACUCUGGGAGCAAUACCACUGUCAACAAUAGCAACCCACCCUCUAUAGGCCCUGAUGGUAACCCUGUUGUGGAUGAAGCAUCACAGCAGUCUACCGUUUCCAACAAUUCUGCUGCAUCAGGGGAUGAUCGGUCGGGUACUCCAAAGCCUCACAAGGAUGGCCCUAUGGGUGGUGCAGGCAUGACAAGUGGAAUGCCAGGCGGACAACAUCCACCUUCCCACCCUCCCACACCCAUCAACUCUGCCCCGUCACCUGGUGCUGUCUCCUUGAGCUCCCAACAGGACGAUUUUGAGACCGUGAAUUCUCCUGGUUGGCCAAGAAGCCCCAGCACACAGACGGUGUAUGCUAACAGUCAACCACCCCCACCCCCAGACAUCUACAGACCAUCCAAGCCGGGAGAAAAUCUUGCACGGCUUUAUGAGAUGUCGGACUCUCCAGAACGGCGUGCCUGGUUGGACAAAUUAUUGUCUUUUAUGGAUGACAACAAGACCCCGAUCACUGCAUGUCCCACAAUCAGCAAGAAUCCUCUUGAUCUCUAUGCUCUUUAUCUCCACGUACGGGAACGUGGAGGCUUUGUGGAGGUAACCAAGAAUAAGCAGUGGAAAGAUGUGGCAGCAGUUAUGGGCAUUGGGGCAUCAUCAAGUGGUUCUUAUACCCUACGCAGGCAUUACAUGAAGCAUGUCUUAGCAUAUGAGUGUAAAUUUGACCGAGGAGGCAUUGAUCCUCAACCAAUAGUCAACCAGAUAGAAGCAGCAGCGAAGAAGAAAACAACGAAGACGAUAUCUGUGCCCUCACCUGGGUCUUCAAACUCCCAAGAUUCAUUCCCACCAGCUGGGUCUAACAGCAGUUCCAUGGAUGGGUUUUCCAAUGGCCCUCAUGUACCUGGGGGUCCGGGUGUGCCUGGCCCAUACCCACAGUACCCACCCUCCUCAGAGUAUGGUGGCCACAUGCCGCAGAGACCACCUUCACAGUCAACUUCUGGUCCAGUAGGCAACGGGGAAAACGUGAACGUGUCUAACCCAUUUGAUGAUCAGUGUCAGUACUCACGAACUUACCAUAACUCGUAUUCUCGUACUCAGGGCUAUCAGGGAUACCAAGGGGGGCAAUAUCAUGGUUACCAGGGUAUGCAGAGUGGCUAUGGUCAGGGGGGUUACCCCAACUCUGGUUACCCUCCCGAUGGGCGUGUCUACCCCCCUCCAGGACCACCAAACCACCAGGGCAACUAUCAGGGGAACUACCAACAGCCUGGGAGCUACCAGCGGCCGGCUUAUACCCCGGGUCAGCCUGGCUAUCAGCAAGACCAGUAUCCGAUGGGAAGUAGCGGCAGCAACUACGGCAACUCCCAAUUGGCCAAACAACUGCUGAAUCCUCCGCGCAGCACGCCCCCCGUGUUUCAAGGUUACCAGGGUGGGAAUAUGUAUCCACCAACACAGAAGCCUGGAUCAGCUCCAAGUCCUGGUCCCACUGGCCCGAAUGCUGCCGCAGGCUAUACAGGUCCUCGACGACAUCCAGAUUUUGAAAAGUCACUACCACCAGGGACAACCCCAUGGCGUCCAAAUAGCCAAUAUGGUGGAUACACUGGACAGAGCCAGCCGGGACCUCCUCAACAGCCAUGGAGUCGACCUAAUGACUCUGCACCUCCUGGAGCCCCGUCCUCACAGUGGAGUCAACCUCGGUUUCCUGGUUCACAGCCUCAGUACCCAGGAGCGGGGCGAGGAUGGUCUGGUGGCAGCUUUACUCAGGUUGGACCCAGACCGCAAGGGCCUGGUAGUAACAAGAACUAUUUGGUUCCUCCACCGUCUGCAUUUAAGUGUGGGAGUGGCAUGUACAGUGCAUAUCCAGGGAAACACCAGUUCCCCUUGGACAGUGUAGAGGCGGUGCUGCCGGUGCUGGCGCGCAGGAAGCGGAUGACUCGCUCUGACCUCCAGACUUGUGAUCCCUGGAGGCUUCUAAUGUCUCUCAGGUGUGGGUUAGCAGCCGAAGUAACGUGGGCCCUAGAUGUGUUAAACAUACUGCUCUUCGAUGAUCAAACAGUUGUUUACUUUGGCCUGCAUCACAUGCCAGGGUUGCUUGAAGCACUAAUUGAACAUCUCAGACGUGGCCUCAUCAAUAUGUUUGAUAUCUGCUCAGAGCUAGAGUUGGGUCGUGACGAUGAAGCUACUGGAGCUAACAAGAGGGUCAAGGCAGAGCAGCACGAUGACACAGAUAGACCUUGGUAUCUCCGGCCUCCACCAUCUCCCACCCUCGAGUUGGACCUAGGGAAAUUAGAAGAGGACGAUCCUUUUAACAAAGAGGAAGUUUUAAAAGGGUCAGAAGAUUUCACCCUCAUCACUAAAACUGGGAAAACGGUGAAAUUUGUUAAACGAGAUGGAGAACUCUUCAUGCGGGAGGGGAUUCGGGAAUGGGAUAAAUGGGAGGGAUUCAGUUCUGGAGUGGAUACGUGGUCAGUGGGUGGCGGGGAGUGUACAGCCCACAUAAUCUGCAAUAUGCAGAGCUCAGUUCCCCCUGUGCUGUUCACACGAUUACUACCGGGAAAGGACGGAAAAAUUACUGAGGUUAAAGUAGAAGAGGUGAAGGAAAUCAAAGAGGAAGUAGUGGAAGAAAAGAAGGUGGAGGUGGUGCAAAUAAAAGAGGAACCAGUUGAGAAGGACAAAGUAGUUGACUUACUGGCUGAGAUGCAGGAGAAGAAGGUGGAAAAAAUGGAGGACCUUAUUUCUAGGGAAAAGUGUGACAACUCCAAAGAUAAUGAGUCAACAGACAAACUUUUCAGUCAAAGGGUGAUUAGAGUGAAUAAUUCAAGGAAGAGCAAACUAGAUGAAAUAUUUAAGAAGUUAAAGAAGGAACCAAUUGAAGAUAGUAGUGACAAUAAGAAAAAUGUGAAGGAGAUAUGCGUGUUGAAAAAGGACACUGAAGUGCACCAAGACUCUAGUGUGGUGGUAAAACAGGAACCAAAUAGUGAUAAGUUACCAGAGAAAAAAAUUGAGGAAAUAUCUCAGAAUAAGCAGGACACUAAAGAAAAGUUAGAAAGGCGAGAGAGCAGUGGCUCUAGGAGGGAGAGUGGAGGGUUCAAGAGGCCGCAUGAGGAUCUAGAGGAAGAGUCGUGGAGUCCAGAUGAAGCAUCACUCAGCACAACAACGGAGGGGCAGGACUGGCUGGCUCGUAGGGUCAUGUGUGUUGGCACAGUGAUCCGGAACCUAUCCUUCAUUCCAGGAAAUGAAGACAUCAUGAGCAAAUCUGCAUCUCUGCUAGCCUUACUGGGCAAGACAAUCUUGCUGCAUCAUGAACAUCCUCAGCGCACUCCUUCCACGGCACAUUAUGAUCGUGACGAGGAAGCAGACUUAAGUGAUUGGUGCAGCUCUCUUGCUCCUGACACACAUUGGUGGUGGCCAUACCUCCAUCAUGUUCAUGAGAACACACUGGUCACUUUAGCAAAUAUGGCAGGCAACCUGGACUUGUCUGUAUACCCUGAAGAGAUCUCACGACCCCUUUUGAAUGGUCUGCUGCAUUGGGCAACGUGUCCUGCGUCAUAUGGGCAGGAUCCUUUCCCAGGCGGUGGAAGCUCCAUACAGUCUGCGUUAUCACCUCAACGCCUAGCUUUGGAAGCCCUGGUUAAGCUUUGUGUUCUUGACCAGAAUACAGACUUAGUUUUGGCAACACCACCAUUCACUCGUUUGGAUAACCUAUGUGGCCAGCUAACUCGCUUUAUGUGUCGUGGUGAAGAUCAGGUGUUGCGGGAGUUCUCUAUUAACCUCCUGCAUUACUUCUCUGCAGCAGACUCGGGUGUUGCCAGAGUCAUAGCCAUGCAGAAUGGAUGUGUUUCUCUCCUUGUUGCUUUCAUCGAGGAAGCAGAGGCAGCAGCAAUGAAUGUAGCAAAUGUUCAGGGUGUUAGUGCUCUAAAAGAAAACCCAGAAUUGAUGGGCACAAGUUUAGAUAUGGUGCGACGGUCAGCCAACACUUUGGUACAUCUCUCACGAGUACCGGCCAAUGCUCGUGUGUUAUCCUCAACUGAGAACAGACUAUUGACAUUGGUCAUGAGCCAGAUAUUGGACACUUAUGUUGCAUCACAGUUGUCACAGGUGUUAUUUAAUGUAGCCCAAGUGCAAACUGACUUUCCCCAAUAUUCACCUUCCCCUUCACCACCAUCCUCACCACCACCAACUACAGCACAAGCCUCUGAGUCAACCACAACUCCAGAUGCACCCAUGGAUGUGAAGUCACCGUCAGACACACCCAACAGUCAAUCUGCCUCGGUUGCUACAGCCAUAAGCUUGGCAGUUAAUCAUGACUCUACAUCCAGCGAGUGUGACAAACCUAAUGCAUCCCCCAAUCCUGCUUCUGCCAUGGCUACCACUCCAGCUCCCGCUUCAGCUCCAUUCUCACAUCCCGCCACAACCACUGCUGUAACCCCUUCCCCAGUCCCUGCUGCAGCACCAAGCCUAGGUAAAAUUCCCACCCCUAAUUUAACAACCCCUGCACCAAUCACUGCAAAUAUAUUUACCCCACAAUUAACCCUGUCUGUUAAGCCAACAAAUACCCCUACAAUCGCCCCCACCCAAACCACAAACUCUGAGUCAACCUCAAAGUGCGAGUCCCUGGCUGCGACUACUCCAGUCCCCAUGGAAGCACCAGCAGCAAAUCCCUCGUCUUAGUAGCGGGCGGGUAAACCCAGUGAGCGUGUAGGCCUCUCUCAGCCAUGUGUGGUACAAACUGUGUGGUGGGGGUGCCGCUAUGCCCCCCCUAGGGUCCCCCCCGGUCCCAGGGCCCCCUAGUGUCUCAGCUGGGCCCUUGCAAGGACCACCUCAGUGAUAUUGAGUCCUACCAGGCAUUAGGACUCUCAGUGUUGUGUACAGUAAUUAAAGUAAGAUGAUGUGUGUCCUGCUGUAAGCAGUGUCUGUGAAUUAUUCUAAAGUGCGAGUGUAGCCAGCAAACAAGUCUGUGAAAGUCUGUGUAUUUGUACUUUUCAAUGUACAGAAGUCUGUACUCAUCUCAGCUGUAUUUCUUGGAUUUAAAGAAAGUUGUAGAAAGAAAAGUAUUCAGAGAAA